GUCACAACGCGAGACUCUUUUUCAACGAGAACGGCCAUCUUCUCUCUCCGGGCUUGAGAAGACAAGUGUUACAACAGAUAUGGCUGACUACUCGAACGUGGCUCCGCCGUCGGGAAAUGGCGCCGGAAUGAACGACGCUUUUAAAGACGCACUUCAGCGAGCUAGACAGAUCGCCGCUAAGAUUGGUGGUGACGGCGUUCCCGCAGCGCCCUCGGGUAAUGAGUUUGGCUACGGAGGCCAGAAGCGACCCCUAGAAGACGCCGACCAACCAGAGACCAAGAAGGUGGCACCGAAUGACCCGUUCUCAGCAGCGAUGGGAAUGGGAGGAAUGGGAGGUGGUGGACCACGGUCGGCAUCAGAGGAGUUCAAGGUUCCUGAUGGGAUGGUUGGAUUCAUUAUUGGAAGAGGAGGAGAACAGAUAUCCCGCAUGCAGCAAGAGUCGGGAUGCAAAAUCCAGAUCGCCCCGGUAAGAUUUCCACGAUGUUAUGACAGCGACAGUGGAGGAAUGCCUGAUAGGUCAGUCACACUGACAGGAUCCCCAGACUCAAUACAAGCUGCCAAGAGGCUGCUGACGGAGAUCGUUGAUAAGGGUCGUCCUACUCCAGCCUUCCACCACAACGACGCCGGUGGCCCCGGUAUGUCUGUCCAGGAGAUGCUGGUCCCUGCCUCCAAGGCUGGCCUGGUCAUCGGGAAGGGAGGAGAGACCAUCAAACAGCUGCAGGAGAGGGCCGGGGUCAAGAUGGUCAUGAUCCAGGAAGGGCCUCAGAACACAGGAGCGGACAAACCUCUACGCAUCUCUGGGGAACCUUUUAAAGUCCAGCAAGCCAAAGACAUGGUGAUGGAGCUGAUCAGAGAGCAGGGCUUCAGGGAGCAGAGAGGAGAGUACGGCUCCAGGAUGGGCGGCGGUGGAGGAGGAGGAGGUGGUGAGGGCCUGGAUGUUCCUGUCCCCAGGUUUGCGGUAGGAAUCGUGAUCGGGAGAAACGGAGAGAUGAUCAAGAAGAUCCAGAGCGACACAGGAGUCAGGAUCCAGUUCAAACCAGACGACGGCAGUACCCCGGAGAGGAUAGCCCAGAUCGUGGGUCCUCCUGAACAGUCCCAGCAUGCAGCAGAGAUAAUCUCUGACCUCCUGAGGAGUGUCCAGCAGGGGGGGCCGGGCGGUCCUAACGGAGGGGGCAGGGGUAGAGGCAGGGGGGGUAACGGGGGUGGUAACUGGAACAUGGGUCCUCCAGGUGGACUGCAGGAGUUCACCUUCACCGUCCCGACCAUGAAGACUGGACUCAUCAUCGGCAAAGGAGGAGAGACCAUCAAGGGCAUCAGUCAGCAGUCUGGAGCGCGCAUUGAGCUCCAGAGAAAUCCUCCCCCCAACUCCGACCCCAACAUUAAGAUGUUCACCGUCCGAGGAUCUCAUCAACAGAUAGACUACGCACGGCAGCUGGUCGAGGAGAAGAUCGGGGGUCCAGUCAGUCCAAUGGGUGGUCCCCAAGGUCCUCCAGGCCCACACGGAGGUCCGUCUCCCCACGGCCCCCCCGGUCCUCCUGGGCACCCUGCUCAGAUGGGCCCCUACAACCCCGGCCCCUACAACCAGGGACCGCCAGGACCACAUGGUCCUCCGGCUCCCUACCAGCCUCAGGGUUGGGGCAACGGCUUCCCUCACUGGCAGCAAGGACAGCCUGAUCCUGGUAAAGCUGCAGCUGAUGCUAACGCAGCGGCCUGGGCAGCGUAUUACUCCCAGUACCAGCAGCAACCCCAGGCCCCCAUGACGCCCACCGGCGGUGCCCCCGGCACCACACAGGCCAACGGGCAAGGGCAGCAAAGUCAGCAACCACAGGACUACACCAAGGCCUGGGAGGAGUACUACAAGAAACAAGGUCAAGCGGCCCCACAGGCGGGAGCUGCACCAGGUGGUCAGCCAGCCGGGCAGCCAGCCGGUCAGCCGGACUACAGUGCUGCCUGGGCAGAGUACUACCGGCAGCAGGCUGCUUACUACGGACAGGGCAGCCCACAGGCCAUGGGGGCCCAGCCACAAGCACCUCAGGGCCAGUAAUGUGAAGUGGACAUAAAGUAAUGUGGAAACAAAAACCCUUUGUUAAAUGUGUUGGAUGGUGCAGAUGCCUUGAAGAUCUUAAUUUCCCCUUUGGUUGGUUUGUUUUCAAGUGUCUCACAAGAAUGUGAUGGCAGCAGUCUACCCGGAGACACAAACCCUUCAUCCUUUGCUAUCUUUUUGGUUUUUCUACUCCCCCCUUGUAAAUGAACGGUUUUGGGUUUUUAGUGAGGUAAUUAUAUGUUCAUUCCAGCCCCAUGUAUCUUCAUGCUAUGUGGCUCAAGAGCUCCUGUUAUUUAGCUAGUUUACCAUGGAAAGUCAUCUCCGUUUUUAAAUAAUAUGCCUGUUGUGUUUUGCAAUAAAACUAAGUGAAACCUCCUGUGUUGGUAAGUUGGGUUGGUAAUAGCUAUUACAAUAUGAACUUGACUUCAAAUUGUGUACUUUUUAAAUUUUUUUUUUUACAAUGUUCAGUUUCUCCUCAACUCUACACAGCUCCUGGUAACUUAGUACAAUGUUUUUAGAUGUGUCCUUCGCUCUGCCUUUUUGACUGGGAGGGGGGGGGUCCAGUUUUGGUGUUCCCCAAUGUUCUGUUUUAGGACCACUAUUGAAUAGAAUAAUUUGCCUGUCUUUACUCUUGGUUAUAUUCGCCUUUGUUUUUCCCCUACCUCUCCGCCUGUAUUGUAGGACUAGACGGAUGUUUCUUAUACCAUAAUGUAGUAUUAGUGGCAUAAUGUUAUGAUACAUCUGGACUCAUGCAUUACCUGAAGUGUUUGGUUGUUUUGGCAUCUCUGUCAAACAACUGAUCGAAUCUUGUCUGUUGUGUUGACUGGCUGGCUGAAUGAAAUGGUACCCUAUUUCCUGUUUAGUGCACAAGGCUCCCUUAAAAGUAGUGCUCUAUAUAGGGAAUAGGGUGUCGCCAUUGGAGACAUCCUGAAGCAGACUUUGUUGAGGUAACGUUAGUGUGCUGCAUUGUUUUCAUAUUAAGAGUAACUUCCUCCUUCACAGCCAAGCUUAGUCAAGCGGUAAGCAAAGCAAGUGUGUAUAUAUAUAUAUGGAGAGAAAUAAUUUAAUCCGAAAUGUUCCUCAGAAAAUGUGACUCUCACUGUCGAAAUGUUGCUUUAGUUUAUUAUAGGUAUGUUUUUGCUGCUCCCUGUGUCUCUUCCAGGACAGGUAAACUGACGUUCUGUUCUGCUGUAUUGCAUUGCAUUCAAACGUUUGUUUCUCACCCCCCCCCUCCUCCCUAAAAUGUAUACAUUUCCUGGCCUUUUGAUACUAUAAAAGAACGUGACAUGCAAAAGUCGUAUUUUUAUUUUUGCUCUGCCCAUGCAUUGUUCUGUUAGUUUACCCAACGGAAGGAACGUAGGUUGUCUGUAGGGCCGAGGGGUGGUCUGAGCUGGUCUGAGCGGUACCAUCAGCCAACAGGGUUGACCUCUGACCUCCUACUCUGUAAGUACAAUACUGUGACUAUAUAUAACAAACCCAGUUAUUUUCUGGCUGUCAAUGUAUUUCUUUGACUGAUGAUUACAAAACUUAUUGUUUCUGUCAAAUUGCAUAUUUUUUUUUCCUUAAAAAAAGAAAUACUGGGUAAGUAUCAAAAGUUAUGAUAAAGUACAGUAUCUGAGAAUUGUAAUUUAGAAAUUAUAACCGUUUAACCAUUUGGACAUAGAUUACAUUGAAUAUGGCAUUGUAGUUCAAUCUAGGCUCUGUCUUUUUUAGGUAGGAAAGUGUUCUGUCAUAAUACCAGUCGGACUGUUCUGUUGGAACUCUGAACUGAAGGUUCUAUUGGAACUCUGAACUGAAGGUUCUGUUUCUUGCGAUGCAGAAUGCUUUGCGCAGUGGUUCAUUUAGGAAUGUUAGAAAUCGUUAACGUGCUUGAUUUUUAACAAUCAGUUUUUUUUCCCCCCAAGUGCCAUUGCCUAGCCAGAAUAGAGAUGUAAUUAUGCAUUUAUUUCAUCAAUAUUUGAAAAAGAAAUGCCAUUUGAUAAGUCUCAAGAAUUUAGUUACUAUUAGAGAUGCAUAUUUUGUUCACUGCAGUAAUGGUGUGAUUCAGUCUGAAAUGUUCUAGCUUUCCCCCCCCAUAGUAGCAUUUUGAAGUUGUUUCUAUGCUGUUUAUUGAUGUCUCCAGCAUGUUGGGUUGUCAUUCAGUAGAAUGUUCUUCAAGUGCUUCUGAUUUCCAAGUGAUACAGUUAUUCCAUGGACGUUUCCCAUUCUAUUCCUAUUGAGUACUGUUCUGAAACACAACCUAUAAGGCUGUUUGGAACUGAAAUGAGCGGCAAAACGGUGCAAAUAUCAUAUGUGUGAUCUUUGCAGUAUCACUGUCAUCCCAGACCUCGAUCCCCUUAGGUUCUGCUGCGGUCACACAGGUAAGCGACCCUAAGGAAAAAAGCUGUGUUCUGACCUAUCAUAUACAGGAUAUAUAUUUACACCCAGAUGGGGAUCCGUUUUAUACUCACUUGAAUUUGCCUGAUUUUAUAUUUCUGCUUACCUGUGCUGUGUCGUAACACCAGCUGUGCUCCUGAUAUUAAUGAGUCAUGUCCAGGUAGGAUUCGUAGUGAUAUCAACAGCUGUGUUUUGUUUGUUCAUAGAGUAUAUUGAUGAUAGUGCUGUGAUUUGAUGGUGAUGAAUGAUUAGGUUUCAACAUGAGUCGUAUGGUUUGUUAAGGAGCGGCAACGUUAGGCCAAUUGCAAUGUGGUUUGAUGGCUUUUCCCACCUGACUUUAUCGUAGUACAAUUUUGCAAAAAAAAAAAAAAAAAAAAAAAAGCGUUCUCUCUCUCCAUGCUGUUUUAAGUUCUCAUUUUCUGAGGUCAUUUUGUUGUUAUUGAGAUAAACGAUCAUGAGGCAUAUUAUAACCCAUACCGUGGUAAGUCUCUGCAGUGUGAUCUUUGAUGCAUAGAGCUCGAGCCCUUUUCAUUUAACAUUACUAUAAAACUGCAAACUGGCAACUCUUGUCUGUCAUAAAGCCAGCCCGAUGUGCAUAUGUGUAUAUAUAUAUAUAUAUAUGCGUACGUGUUAGUAAGUCUACAAACGUUUAUGAAAGUACACCUGCAUAUGAUGCUCAAUGCUGUUCAACUGACUCAUUGGUGUUGACUGAAAGCUGUGAACUUGAAUAUGCAUUCUAUAUUGCCGCUGCCACGGUGCUGUAAUGGUGUUCUCAUAAAACCCUGCUGCCUGCCUCCCUCCACCUCUCACUCAGAUGCUGUUGGAAGCCAGAGAAGGUUCUAGAAGCCAGCGUAGGUUCUAGAUUCAGGAACAGGAACCUGUAAGUUUGUCCCUACCGUAAAGGAGACUGCUCUGAGAGGCAUCCUUUGAGGCUGAUGAUCAAGGUGUAGGUGACCAUUCGAGAGCGAGCUCCAGAUAAGGUAAACAAAAGCAAUGAAAUACAGAAUUGUGUGAUUUGCUCAAGUUUACCAUGCUGUUUGCUAGUUAGGGCUGUAUUUUUAGUCCAGGUUUCCCCUCGUCUCGUUAUAAAAAUUUAAAAAAGGUAACCUGUCGUAGAAUUAUUGCAAGUUGUCUAACUGAACUGAUGUCUAGUGUUUCUCCACAUGUUUUCAUGAUGAUUCUAUUGAAUGCCUGCCUUUGCCCGCUCACCCGCUGGGUUGUGUCCCAAAUAGAACCCUAUUCCAUACAGUGCCCUGUAGGCUCUGGUCUAAAGUAGUGUACUAGAAAUGCCAUGGGGUUCCAUUUGGGAUGUUGCCACUGUCAUAACUAGGCCUUGUUGCAGAGUUGAAGUCACCAAUGCUUGUCAUCAGGAUUCUAAAGUGUCCCCCAUUUUUAUUUUUUUUGGUUGCAAAUGCUCCUAGAUAUUUUGUUUGUGCGACGUGGCGGGUUUUAUUUUGGGUGCACCAGUGUGACCAGGUAAAUAAUCGCCCAGAUAAUACUGGUCAUUUUUUAUUUGACCUCCUUAUUUAACUAGGCAAGUAAGUUAAGAACAAAAAUAUAUAUAUAUUUGCAAUGACUGUCUAACCCAAUUGUGCGGCGCCCUAUGGGACUCCCAAUCACGGCAGGUUGUGGUACAGCCUGGAAACGAACCAGGGUCUGUAGUGACGAGAUGCAGUGCCUUAGGCCGCUGCGCCCCUCGGAAGCUCUAAACUGGCCAGUUGUUUCAGAGUGCCCUGGAGAAAGCGAGCACAGAUUCAUACCAUCUAAAGCCUACGUGUAAAGAAUAUUAAAGGAUAAAUCAGUGAUUUCUAUUUCUUGCAAAUUUCUGACGACUGAACGGCAUGGCUGUCGGCUGCUUUGUGUUGCCAGGUAGAUGCCCAAAUAGUCAUUUCUAAAUUUACCAAUAACUAUACACAUUAAAUGUUAACUGCAACGUAGGCUUAACUGGCAUCGUGAUAUAAUGUCAGGUUCUUUUGUUUUGCGAACUCUGCUAUUGCAUACAGUACAGUAGACACCGCCAGCCAAAACCCUUUUCAGGUGAGCAGUUUAAAUUAUUAAGGGAAACUAUACAUAUUUUCUUCCCCAGACUACUUAAGCGGACUCCUGAUCUAGUGUAAGCAUCGCUGUGGACUUAGAAUAUCCUAUUUAUUUUUGUGAUUGAGUGAACCUUAUCAAAUAAAGGGGGGGGGGGUCCCACACAAGAGGUAAAGAUUUUGGUGUCAUGGCAAAUGUAUUGGCUAGUAAAAAACAAAAAACAUUGAGCUGUACUUUUUUUUGUGUGUUUUUGGGUGGAUAACUUUUUUUAGGCCCUGUUCAUAAACCAGGUCGUGGGUCGUUCCAAAGCUGCUCACUGGCGUUUUUAAAAAUAUAUGUAUUUUUGUUUAGUAAUGUUACCUCAACCUAGCUAGCUAACAACCUGGUUACUUCACCAGUAUAUCAAACAUCUGGGGGCACAGAGGGAGAGGAAGGGUUAGCUUCUUCAGGAGAUCAUUGAAUGAAUGAGUGACUUGCAUGUCUCAUCACGAACUUGAUGCUCUUAAAGAGACAGUGUAGAAUUUAAAUCAUCUCAAUAGGUAGUGCUUUGACACAAUGUCGAAACCUAGUGUAUAAUUUCAAUGGAAGGUUUUAAAAUCAACAUUUUCUUUCUACAGCGUUUAAUAUUAGUUUCUAGAGCUCAACAAUGUGCUUCAAAAGUAGCUUAAAUUAAUUUAAAGCCCAUUAUGCUUCCUCAAACAAAAAAAUACAAAUAUUCUGGUAUGCCUAGAUAAUUUUAAGUUAGGAGCACCAGUGCUACCACUGUUAAUUUUGACACCAGCUAGAGAGAGGUUAGAUGAGAUGUAACCAGGAACUGCUGCUUUUGUGUUUUUCAACCAUUAUGGCAGGAAAUUGUAGUUGGCUAUUCUCGUUUUCACUUCAUUCAUGAGAACCCACAAACCUCUGCAAGUGAUUUUGCUAUUCACUUUUUUUUCUCCAUAAAUUAGUGUAAUCUGUGUGUUAGAUGCUCUAUCAUCUCUGAGCAAAGUGUUUCAAGGAGUUUGGGGGCUAGGUGUAGUCUAGAAGACUAAAUCAGAAGGGAGAAAUAUGGAGCAUGCCUUAGAGGUAAACAAAUUGAAACAUGUUUCUUGUGAUGCCUUAAUAUUAUCAAAUGUAUCUUUUUUUGUUUUUUUUCCCUGUCUUUAUGAAAUGACUGUUCUGCAUAUUUGUUGCCCUGUCCAGUAAUAAAGUUGUAACAUUUA